AUGAAAGUAACAGCUGUCAGUUCGGUGUUACUAACAGUUGCUGCAUUGACCAAUGCAAAUGAAAUUGACAAGAGAAGUUUUUUUGGUGAUCUUUUUUCAGGAUUAACAGGGAGUAAGGCAGCAGCUCCAGCGGCAGCUCCAGCUGCACAACCAGCUGCACAACCAACUACUCAAUCACCAGCUGACCAACCAACUGUACAAUCACCAGUUUCAUCUGACCAACCAUCCACUGCACAACCAGUUGCUCAAAAUAAUUUAUUAUUAGAUUCUUCAAAUAGUACUUUAGUUGUGCCAAGUUCAUCCAAAUCUUCAACAACCACACGUUCCACAGCUGGUUUAUUAGAUAAUUUGUUAGGAGGAAGUGGUGCCACAUCUAGUGAAGCAUCAUCCAGUGAAGCACCAUCCAGUGAAGCACCAUCCAGUGAAGCACCAUCCAGUGAAGCACCAUCCAGUGAAGCACCAUCCAGUGAAGCACCAUCCAGCUCAUCAAGUGAAGCUUUGUCUAGCAGCUCAACAACCAAACGACCAACUGCUGCUGCUAAAGGUUUUUUCGGCGAUUUGUUUGGUACUCAGUCAAGUGCAUCUGAAACUGAUGAUGAAGAUUGUGUUGAAGAGACUGAAAGUCCAACAAGUGCUCCAGCAAGUGCUCCAACUACGUCCAAGGUUGCUACUACUACCGGUGGUGGACUCCCAAAUAUAUUGUCAGAUCUCUUUCCUGGAAAAUCAAGUGCUCCCAUUUCCAGUGCUGAAUCUAGCCCAACUGUUGCUUCUAGUACUACUGGAUUCCCAAAUAUAUUGUCGGAUCUUUUCCCUGGCAAAUCGAGUGUUCCAAGUUCCAGUGCUGAAACUAGCACAACAGUUGCUUCUAAUACUACCACUAGUGGUGGUGGUUUCCCAAACAUUUUAUCGGAUCUUUUCCCAGGGAAAUCAAGUGUUCCAAGUUCCAGUGCUGAAGAGGAUGACGAAGAGUGUGAAGAUCCAACGGAAUCCGUAACCUCGAAUUCUAGUCCUACUGGAGGGAUUUCAAUUCCAACCUUUCCAAUCACCAGUCAAAGUAAAACAAGUGUCUCGUCAGUUGUUUCAAAAAGCACUUCUGAAGAUGAUGAUGAUGAAACUGAGUGUGAGACAGACAUUCCAACGAUCAUUCCAAGUGGGUCUGUCCUUCCAACAACGUCAGUUCUUCCAACUAUUAUCCCUACUGGAUCAGGAUCUAUUACUAUUCUUCCAACUAAAUCUGCUACUUCUGAUGAUGAUGAUGAUGAGACUGAUUGUGAGACAGACAUUCCAACAAUUGUGCCAACUGAGUCAGCCACUAUUAUCCCAACUGGGUCUGGUUCUGUAACUAUCAUUCCAACUGGAUCAGGAUCUAUUACUGUUCUCCCAACAAAGUCUGCUACUUCUGAUGACGAUGAUGAUGAGACUGAUUGUGAAACCGAUAUACCAACGAUCAUUCCAACUGGAACAGCCACUAUCAAACCAACUGGAUCAGGAUCUAUUACUGUUCUCCCAACAAAGUCAACCACUACUGAUGACGACGAUGACGAGACUGAUUGUGAAACUGAAAUUCCUACUAUCCAUCCAACUGUGUCAACCACUAGAACAUUUACUUCCGAUGGGGUGCCAACAACUCAAACACUCACCACGAAAUUACCUCCAACCACUAAUCAACAUACUGAAACGGAAGUUGUUUCUAUCACAUAUACUGGUGGUGGUCAGACAUUUACCACUUAUCUUACACAAUCUGGUGAAAUCUGUGAUGAAACUGUUACGUUGACAAUCACAACCACAUGUCCACUGACGACUGUUGCUCCAGGUGGACAGAUAUAUACUACGACUGUGACUGUUAUUACCACACACACUGUCUAUCCAGAUGACUGGGAAGAUGAUGGCUAUGAAGGGGAAGACAAUGCCGGUGGUUCUGCCAGUGGCUCCUCUGAUGAUGGUGAAUGGGAAUGGUAUGAAGAAGAUGAUGGCGAAUGUGUGCCAACAGGUGGAUCAAGUUCUGGAUCUGGCACAGGCUCUUGGUGGGGUUCUGGUGCUGGAUCAAGUGGUGGUACUACUUCUGGUUCUGGUUCUGGAUCAAGUUCAAAUUCUGGAGCAAGUUCUGGUGGUACCUGGGGUGGAUCUGGAAAUGAUUACGUUUGUCCUGGUGAAGAAGGUUAUGACGAUGAAGAGCCAGACAAUGGUGGCAGCUGGUGGGGUGGUUCGGGAUCUGGUUCAAGUUCUGGAUCCAGUUCUGGUGUUAGUUCAGGUGAUUCCGGUUCUUCUUCAGUUACUGGUGGAUCGUCUGGAAGCUGGUGGGGUGGAUCUGGUAACGAUUAUGUUUGCCCUGGUGAAGAUGGCUACGAUGAUGAAGAUGAUCAAACUCCUGAACCAGAGUGUGACGAUGAGGAUGAUAGCUGGGAUGAUGAUGAAGAGUGUGAUACACAAGCUGCUAAGGAAGUUGUCAACUCGGUUACUGUUGCUGCUGAAAGUGUUUAUCCAUCUACCACUGCUGCCAGUUUGACCACAUCAUGGAUAUCGACACAAACUGCCCAAUCAGUCACACAAAUUGAGAAUAUUGGUGGUAAGGUUUCUGCCAGUGGACUUUUUGUUGUUCUUGGGUUGUUGUUGAUAUAA